AUCAUGCACAUGUAACCACAAUCUGCCACACGGACUCGAAGGGAAUACAACCAAAAAAAAAAAAAAAACGCCGAGAGACUUUGACAGCGGGCGCCGGCUACCUGCGCCGAACGGGGGAAUAACGGACGGAUUUUCUGCGACUAUCACCUGGAUAUCGCGUUAAUAUUCAAGGACGUGCAACUGCUAAAAAAAAAAGAAAAAGAAAACCUUGCACGAGCUCCCGCGGACAAGCUUUCCGAUUGUGAGGAAGAAAUACAAAUUAACGUUACAGAAAGAAAAGGGGGGAUGGAGAAGAGGCCUUUUUGUGUUUUUUGGGGUCUGGUCAAAACCGACGAUUUAUAAAAAAGAAAGAAAAAAGCAUCAGCAUCUGUGGAAGGGAGAGGAAAUAAUUUUGUCAUCGGCUAAAGAAAAAACCCAGGAUAUUAUUGAUAAGGUUGCUAACACCAACGACUGCAACUCCCCUUUCCCUUUCCCUAACACCCCCCCCAAAAAAGGUGUAGAAUAUAUUUUAGAGACGGUUGUGAUUAGAAUGCCGUCAUUUUUAGAGUAAUUAAAAAAAUAAAAAUUCACACCCGCCCUGUGAUGUGGUUCGCUUAGUUGGUUUGCAAACAACCCCCUAAAAUUAAUAACUCGGAAUAUACAUUUAAAGAAGAAGAGGGGGGGGGUUGUAAGUGUAAACGCAUUGAAUGGGCAGCGUGCUGAAAAGGGGCUCCGGGGGAGACGUUUGUUGAGACAAUUAAACAUUAACCUGAAGGAAAGCAAAUGUUUAUUUUUUAUUUUUUUUAAAACGUCAUUAUUUAAAUUGUUAAAGCACGUUUAACAGAACCGGUGACGUCCAUUCAUGUACGUCCCAAGGCCGGCCGCUUCCCGUCCACUCUCCGCCAUCGCCGCCGAUGACUUCAUUGCGGAUCUACGGUGUAAAGACACCAGGAUCGAGCCUCUGAGAGGGCGGCAGAGAGCCUCUGCUGCUUUCUGCUUAGUCUCGCUUCAUUUCCCCUUUGGAGGGAUCUCUUGUUGAUUUUUUUGGGGGGGGGAUUUUUGAUUUUUUUUUUUUAAAUUGCCAGUUAAUAGCCACAUCCGUCGGGCCACAGCCUGGUGGGGGCCCCGGCCGUCUUCUGCCUAACCGGUUUUUGUACGUCUUGUGUCAUCUGGCGGGCGUAAAUGUCUCCCAUUUUAAGCCAGGUGUUCGUCUGCUGAGCCAGUCUAGGAAUUUAGGAUUGAUUGACUUUUCUUCUGAUCAACACCCUCCCUCCUUCCCUCCUUCCUCCCCCCUCCCCUCCCCACCAAACCAGCCAGCCACCCUGCCUCUCUCCCCCCACCCUGGACCUAUCAGUGGGUUUUGGGGAAGAUGGGCUGUCUGGGCAAUAGUAAGACCGAAGACCAACGCAAUGAGGAGAAGGCGCAGAGGGAAGCCAACAAAAAGAUAGAGAAGCAGCUCCAAAAGGACAAACAGAUUUACCGGGCGACUCACCGGCUGCUGCUGUUAGGGGCCGGUGAAUCCGGGAAAAGCACGAUAGUCAAACAGAUGCGAAUACUGCACGUUAAUGGCUUCAACGCAGAGGAGAAAAAACAGAAAAUCCACGAUAUUAAAAACAACAUUAAAGAAGCUAUAGAGACGAUAGUCGCCGCCAUGACAACGCUGACACCGCCUUGCCAAAUAGCCUGUCCCGCAAACCGGAGCCGCUUCGAAUACGUCCUCAACCGAGUCCUCCAGAAGGAUUUUGAGUUUUCUUCGGAGUUUUACGACCAUACAAAGAUCCUCUGGCAGGACGAGGGCGUGCGGGCCUGCUGGGAAAGGUCCAACGAAUAUCAACUCAUCGACUGCGCGCAGUACUUCUUGGACAGGAUCGAUGUGGUCAGGCAGAGUGAUUACACACCCACUGAUCAGGACCUGUUGCGGUGCCGAGUGCUGACAUCUGGGAUCUUUGAGACACGAUUUCAAAUAGACAAAGUCAAUUUCCACAUGUUUGACGUUGGAGGUCAAAGGGAUGAACGUCGAAAAUGGAUUCAGUGUUUUAACGAUGUGACCGCCAUCAUCUUUGUGGUGGCGAGUAGCAGCUACAACAUGGUGAUCAGAGAAGACAAUCAGACCAACAGACUGCAGGAAGCCCUCAACCUUUUCAAGAACAUUUGGAACAACCGGUUAGGAUCGCACGCGCUAGUGUUGGGGUGGCUACGGACCAUUUCGGUAAUCCUCUUCCUGAACAAACAGGACCUGCUCGCUGAGAAGGUGUUGGCAGGCAAAUCUAAGAUUGAGGAGUAUUUUCCGGAGUUUGCACGCUACACUACACCCGAUGACGCAAUACCUGAGCCAGGUGAGGACCCCCGAGUCACGAGGGCAAAGUACUUCAUUCGGGAUGAGUUUCUGAGGAUCAGUACAGCCAGCGGGGACGGGCGGCAUUACUGUUACCCCCACUUCACCUGCGCCGUGGACACAGAAAACAUCCGCCGCGUCUUCAAUGACUGUCGCGACAUCAUACAGAGGAUGCACCUUCGGCAGUACGAGCUCUUGUGAUGGGCGGCGGCGUCCGGCUGACUCGCACCUACUGACCGACUUAUCUACCCCCACCCAGACCCCCCCACGACCAGUUAGCCAAUCACUCCCUCCACUUCAAGUUCAACUUCAUCCUGAUGCAACACUACUUUACCCGGUUCAGAAAACCAGAACAGAGGAAAGACUUUGCUUCUUUUUUUUUUUGUCUUUUGGAAGAAACACUAACGUUUUCACGCACCGUCAGCCAGCACUGACUGCUGCACUCGGCUACAUGUUGACCCACGGAAGAGGGUCAGAGCUGGAAUCCCUCAGUGCAGGCUAUCCCUCCUGUCAGCGCUCACUCACUCUCUGAUGUAUGAACACACACACACACACACUAAAGCCAUUCAGAGCGCUUAGAUAGGUUCCGAUGUCUCAUAUCACCCAAACACACAUAGAGCCUUUAAAAACUAAGUCCUUCUGAUUUGAGCAGUUGUUAGAGGCUGAAAUAAAUCAUGUACUCUGAGAGAGACGAGGUCAUUCGUGGCGUGCUGAAGGUGGCGGAGGGGUGGGGGGGGGGGGGGGGGGAGAAGGGAACCGUGGACGUGGAGGGUGGCAAACUGAUACCAAGGAGGGCUGUGAGUGUUUUUGUUUCCCAGACAGACAGACAGACAGACAGACGGACGGACGGACGGAUGGACGGACGGAUGGACUAACUGGCUAAAGGCCGCCUGUGGACGCGAGCGUGACUCUAGCAUAGGACCACGCGUGAGCUGCUCUCCAAGGAACCAACGUACGAAGGGCCGAAGAAGAAAAAGAAAUAGCAUACAGUGCAUUCAUUCAUGCAUACCAGUGAACUUCAGGCAGUGCAAAAAAAAACAAGCUAUAUAUAGAUAUUUAUAUAUAUAUAUACAUACAUAUCUAUACAUGUAUGUGUAUAUAUUUAGAUAUAUAGUCCUAUAAUGACACAAAUCAACUUUUUGUUCCCCCUUGUUGUGUGUUGGUGUACACUGUUUGUGUGAUCUGCCUUUGUGCACCGUUUAAAACCCCCCUACCUGCGGCCACACACACUAACAUCCACCCCGCCCUGCUGCUGUUACACAGCUACUCAAUACAUGAGGCUUUAACUUAGGAAAUCACAACACAAAAAGGAAAGCUUGCAGAAAAAGAAAGUUAAUAUCACAACCGAAUGCAACAUUUUUACCUGGAACAGACACACACACAGACACACACACACACACACGUUCACGCUCCAGCCCUCAUCAGUCCCUCUUCUCGUUCCACACGACGUCGUCCCCUCACCAUUCGUAUAAUUCUCACCCCCCCCCCCCAGUCCCGCUUUAAGUACUUCUGUCUUUAUUUUACUGCUGGACUAUAAUUCUUGUACAGAUUGUAAAAUGUAUUAUUUUGUACAACUUUAUUGAAGAAAAAAAACCAAUAACUUGUAGAAGAUCCCUGUGCCUUGAUCACGACUGUACGUGUAAAAAAAAAAAAAAAAAAGGAAAAAAAGAGCUAAUAUGUAAGUUAUGUUUCACUGCGCUGUACAGCUGGACGGGCCCGUCCCACCUCGUCCGUGCUGGCUCGCCCCCCUGGGGGAGGGGUGUUGGGUCGGGGCGGAGGCCUUUCGUCUGUGGCUUUAAGUACGUCCGUCUGCUUAGUUGUUGUUCUGCCUCCCACCCCACAUUUGUUCGUUCCUUAAUUUGUUUGUUUUGCUUUGACACUUUGGUUUAUAUAAAAGGAUUUGAAAAAAAAAAAAAAAGAUAAUCAGACACACCACCUUAAUGCUGUGUAUUAGAAGCCUGAUCCCUAACACAAUUUAAUAUAUAUAAAAUAUAUUUCAGAAUUUAUAUUUUAUAUAUAUAUAUGUACUGUACACGUAUAGCUCUUUCUGCCAGUAGCAUCUGCAUACAUGUUCAGAAGUUGGCGAUUCUCGGUGCGAUAUAUUCAUUUGUUUUCUUUUUUCAUCUUUGCUUUAACUCUUUUGAAGAAGAGGGGAAUCCAGUUGAAAACGUUGCUUGUUUCUACAUAAACCAAAUUCUUUUUGCUUAACCAAGAAGAAAUGGUUGUGUUAGUGUUUGGUUCCUUCUUAGGCUGAUUAUUUUAGAUCUUUACAUCACAUGCACUCAGUGGACAGUUUAUUAGGUGCACUUGUCAUAAAACGCCGCCCUGGAGUCAGAGGUCUUCUAUAUUAGACACCUCUUGGUAAAAUGUAUUAUAAAUUAGGUUUAUUUAUCAAAACGAGACAUUGCAAAGUGUUCUAGGUAAUAAAAAAAAAAAGGAAAACACACCAGCAGAGACCUUUAUUAAUGCAAAGUGAGAAACGUUUUUCUAUUCAUAGAAGGAAACAUGCUUAACACAGUACAUAUAAAAGCAAACCCGCAUACGCAAUACAAAUAAUUGAGGCGAUUAUGUAACUUUUUGACCAACACAAAGUUCCCAAAAGUGAUGUGGAAGCAGAUCAACCGUUUCACGAACUACAGCCUCCGAAGUGAAGUUAAUGUUGGAUGAGACCUCCAAGCAAUUUCCAAAAAAAACUAUUUCAUGAAUAACAGUAGGAUUGACUCCCUGUUGUAUCAGACUUCGUACAUUUUAGCUAAUAAACUGGCGCCUGAGAGUAAA